AUGGAACGGCCCUCAGCGUGCGGCUCGCUCGCGCGGUUCGUCACCGCGUACGCCUCCACCGGCGGCGGCGGGCAUCUGACGUCGCACGAGCGAACGUUCCUCGCGAUCGCGUGGACGCCGAAGGCGACGGUCCAGGCUGCGCUGAGGCGCGUUCACCUGUAUUCACACUGGUCCCCGUACGACCGCGUCGGCGCGGUGAACGCCGAUCCUUAA